AUGACUGAAACAAUAUAUAAAUACAAGAGUGAUCAACAUACAAUUGAAUCAAUGUUUAAUAAUGGUCAAGAUAAACAAUAUUUAUUUUAUGAACGGAAAAAUAUAAUAGAUGAUAAUGAUGAUUCAGGUACUGAAGGAAUUGAACAACAACUUGAACAUAUUUCUAUAAUAAAAGUCAAUGAUAAUGAAGAUCAAUUAUCAAUAAAAUCUUUUGGUCCUAAUCUUGAUGAAGGUUUUUCCGAAAUUGAAAUUCAAGAUGAAUCAAAACUUGAACUUAUUAAAAAACAUCUUGAACUUGCAAACAAUAUCCCGAAUGAUACGAAAAAGGAUUUUUGUUUAGAUACACAAGUAGUAUUUCAUGGUGAAUUUGCUCGACUUAUUUCAAUGCCAUUAUCAUUAUAUUACAAUGUUCAUUAUAAACUUUUUUCUGAAGAAGAAUUCGUCAAUGUACCACAUAUGAAUUUAAAUUUUCUAUGUCUUACACUUGAUAAUGUUAAAGUACGAUUUAAUUGUUCAGAUAGAUUUUGUCAACGUAUAUGGACAUCAAUGCGAGGUCGAAUUUCAUUUUUAAUUAGUUUACCAUCUAUUGGAUUUAUUGUACUUAAAAUUUAUGGACAAGAUUGUCUACAAUGUGGUGCAUAUGCUCAUGCUCUUUGGUAUACUGAUGAAGUUUGUCGAGUAAUGAAAAAUUUAGCUAUGAUAAUUUUUCAAAGUUAUUUUCCUGAUAUGAUGAACAGUGUCAAUUUCGACAAUAAAGAAUUAGUACAAAACGAUACAACACGAUCUCGUCAAUUUCCUCAUGAUUCUACUCAAAGAAAAGGAAAAAUGUCGGCACCACAUCUUAAAGAACAUUGUGAAGCAUGUCAACAUGGAUUAUGCUUCACUCGAAAACAAAAUCGAUGA